UGUUGGGUGGUAUAUAACUCACCAAUCUUCCACAGUCUUCAUCAACCUACAAGUUCAACCAAACAUCAAGGUCUACACACUGAGAGUACCAGUAGUUCACCAUGUUGACCCUAAUCUGCAUCUUAAGUGUUAUUUCCAUGGUAAUUGCUGCAAAUAUGAGAUUACCAAACCUGGAGGUUAUGCAGUCAAGAACUAUGGAGUUUAUGGACGUGACACCUAUGGUUAUGGAGAAAAAAGCUAUGGUAUCAGACGUACAGGUUAUGCUCCCAACUAUGCUGGCUAUGGAGAUAAAAGUUAUGGUAGACGCUAUCUAGGAUACAAAGUUAAGGGAUACGAAAACUAUGGCCCUGGAUACGCUGGUGCCAGAUAUGCUGGAUACAGACCUGCUGCUUAUGGCUAUGGAUACAAUAAAAAUGUCCCAUAUGGCGAUGCCUUCCCAUACAAGAAUGUUGGACCCAAUGGUGCCGUCGUCAACUCACCAUCCGGUCUGAUUGUUGGUGAUAAUGGUGGCUACAUUGAUGGACAGACAGGCGCUGUGGUAGGACCCAAUGGUGCAGUGGCUGGAUCAGGAUACGUUCGUCGUGGCUAUGUUUAUUAAUUAUAACGUCUAACUGCCUUGAGCAUAUGCAGUAUAGCCACUAUAGACAAUGUAUAAAGAUAAGCAUGGGACUCUGUUUAGACCAAAGGGCGGCCUGGCAGUCGUAUGACAUCAUUAACUUCAUCCUGAUUAAAAAUUGUCAUUUAUUGUAGACUAAAGAUGAAAAGUAAACAAUAAAUUUUUACGAAGAAAUAACUGAGCUUGAGUUCAUUCAUUAUGAGGUAAAAUAAGAAAUGGCUCCCCUGUAACCUAGAUCAACCCUGAACCCCUUGAAUCCCAGGCUCUAAAAUCAGUUGAAACCAGAGA